ACAAUUGCUUCCUUUCUUACUUUCUGCCCUCCAUUUUGUUCUUAGUUAAGGAAUAUGAGAGUACGAGAUGCUGUUGGAUUCCACCCGAGAAGUACCUUGUCAGAACCACGAAGGGAAUAUAAACAGAUGCUUGAAUGCCAGAAGUAUAGAGUCCAUUUCACCUACACUGGAAGAUAUGGCUCCAUCCGUAUGCCAAAGAAUGCAGAUCCAUUUUGCAGGAAUAUUUUGAAAGGCUUCCUGAACCUGCUCACUCUCACACCACGGUACCAGAAAGAGUAUGAAGUACUGGAGGAUGGGCUUGAAGGCGAGUGCAACACCAGGUACGUUCUCUACGAGGAGAAAAAGAACAACAUCUACCUGUUUAACAGAAUCAGGGACCUGAACAACUGCAAGCAAAAAGUUAUGCUGAAUGUUGGAAUCCCCUUCUUCCAUCUCUUCCAGCAACCCAACUGCUUCCAAAGAGAAAGAUUUGUUCAAGGCACAUCUGCCUUUGUCACCAAAGUGAAGCGUGACAACAAAGGUGAUCUGAUCACUCAAGUCAAGUCUGAACAAGUAUUGGAGUUCCCUAUAGGUGGAGAGGAUGCUACUGGAUAUAUGAAAGCUCACCAAUUGUUGAACUUGAGAGAAGUGAGACCUGACCAAGGUCAGCAGCAGCAGCAGCAGCAGCAACAACAACAACAACAACAACAAGAAGGAGAGCUUGAAGUAACCAGCAUUCGUUAUGAGAUUCCCAAAAGUCUGUUUUUGCCCGUGAUGGAGAAUUACAACAGAGAUCCUGUACAACAGGCUGAGCAACUCUUGCAAGACUCAGUGCACUGGCAAAUGCAGGAUAAAAUGUUUUCCAGCAAGGCUAUAGUAUUGGUCCGACUUGUACAACGCAUGUCAUACAACGAUCUGUCAACUCUCUACAAUAAGGUUUCAAGAAUCCCUGUUGCUAGAAAAAACCUAUUGAUUUCAUGUGUGCAUGCGGGUAAUUUGAUCACAGUGAAGUUCAUCAAGGACAAGGCAGUCAGUGGAGAACUGGCUUAUUCUGACCUGAUUUGGCUUUUGCCCACAACCUUCCAUUUUGCUAACCCAGAUAUUACAAAAGUGGAGGAAACUGCUAAAGUGACAGCAGAAUUACUUUCCAAAAUCCCUGACAAAACAUCUUUCCUUGGAAAAGCAACCUACCUGGCAUAUGGGACUAUGGUGAACAGGCAAUGUUCUACUUCUCGAACUUGUCAUCCUAAAUUGCUUGAGCCUCUCCACAACAUCCUAACUGAGGCAGUUCGGGAUAAAGAAGAAAACAAAAUGGUAUUAGGCAUGAAAGCUAUUGGCAAUGCCGGUCAGAUCAGCAGCCAGAAACAUAUAAAAGUCCUGUGUGAGACUGCUAAAUAUCCUGAAUACAUCCAGGUCGUUGCAAUUCAGACCCUAGCGCAAAUCGGCAAGCAGGAUCCUACAAAGGUAAGUGGCAGAAGACAUGUCUUUGUUAGAGUAGGUAAAAACUUUGUGUGUGUGUAUGUGUAUGUGUGUGUGUGUAUAUGUAUAUGUAUAUGUAUAUGUAUAUGUAUAUGUAUAAUGGUCUUGCUUUCAGGUAACUGCAAAAUUUUGUAACCCAGCUAAAAGUUU